AUGAUUCUACGAGAUAACGGGGAAGUGGAAAGUGAAAGUGAAUAUGCAGACAUGCCAGGAUUGGAAGAUGUUGAUGAGGAAGAUACAACUAAGUAUGCAGUUAACAGUAGGUUGUUGGUCACGAGGCGAGCUCUUAGUGCUCAAAUCAAGGCGGUCGACUUGGAACAACAGCGAGAAAACGUAUUCCACACGCGGUGUUUCGUUAAUGGUAAGGUAUGUAGUGUAAUAAUUGAUGGUGGUAGUUGUACUAAUGUAGCUAGCACUAACAUGGUGGAAAAGUUGGGCUUAACACUAUUAAAACAUCCUAGACCUUAUAAGUUACAAUGGCUGAAUGAAUGUGGGGAGGUCAAGGUGACAAAAAGGGUGUUGAUUAAUUUUUCCAUUGGUAGAUAUCAGGAUGAGGAAUUUGACAAUGUAUUUUUGGAGGACGUGCCGAGUGGGUUACCACCCAUUAGAGGAAUUGAGCAUCAGAUUGAUUUCAUACCUGGAGCUGUCAUUCCGAACCGAUCGGCUUAUCGGAGUAAUCCAGAGAAGACAAAGGAGCUUCAGAGGCAAGUUGAGAAAUUGAUGAAAAAUGGAUAUGUAAGGGAAAGUAUGAGUUCAUCUGCAGUACCUGUGUUGCUGGUGCCAAAGAAAGAUGGGGUUAUAUUAUUAGGCUUUGUGGUUAGUGCUAACGGUGUAGAGGUAGAUGAAGAGAAAUUAAAAGAUAUUAAGGAUUGGCCAACACCUAAAAACAUAACCGAGGUUCAAAGAUUUCAUGAAUUGGCUAGUUUUUGUAGGCGUUUUGUUAAAGAUUUUACCACAAUAACCCCACCCUUAACUGAAAUUGUCGAGAAAAAUGUAGGAUAUCGUUGGGGGUUAGAGCAAGAAUAUGCAUUCAACACUAUCAAAAAUUGUUUGUGUAAAGCACCGGAUAAGAGACCUAUAGCAUACUUUAGUAAAAAGCUAAGUGGUGCGGCUCUCAAUUAUCCUACAUACGACAAGGAACUCUAUUCACUUGUUCGAGCUUUGGAAACAUGGCAGCAUUAUCUAUGGUCGAAGGAGUUUGUAAUUCAUUCAGAUCAUGAGUCACUAAAAUAUUUGCGGGGUCAAGAGUAUAUUAAGGACAUAUAUGUUACUGAUUCUUAUUUUUUCGACAUUUACAAUUCAUGUCACAAGGGGGCUAUAGAUAAGUUCUUUAAGCAUGAGGGAUACUUGUUUUAG